CUCAUGGUGGAACUUGCAGAUGUAUACAAGAUCCGGCUUCCAAAGUUUACGGUUAAGGUGGCUGUUCAGUACAUGCGACGAGCAAUCCGCAAGAAAGCAAAAUUUGAUGUCAAUCGCCUUGACUGCAUACAGGUUGCACCAAAGACAUUUAUUCCAGCUUUAUUUGGACAUGCUAAAGAUGACAAGUUUAUUAAUCUUGGCCACUCCGAAGCCAUCUUUAAGUCAUAUGCGGGUGAUAAGAACAUUAUCAAGUUUGAUGGCGAUCACAAUUCUUCUCGACCUCAAUUUUAUUAUGAUUCUGUAUCAAUUUUCUUUUAUAAUGUCCUUCACCCUCCUCGACCUCCAUCUGCAUAUCCUACUAAGGUUGAGAAAUGUUAUGAUUUGGGAGACCUGAAGGGCAGUGCUAGCAGGAACGAGAAUCUUUUAUACGAGAUUAUAGCCGGUCUUCAGAAUGGCAGUACUGACGCGGCAAGCUCAUCUUCUUUACCACAAAGCAUUGCAACGAUGAAGUCCGUGGGGGCACUCCUUUCUGACAUUGCACCAGUUGCUACUGAUUCCUUAGUUACCGAAGGCAAUACACAGAGUGGCAAUAGCCCGUCACUUGUACAGGACAAGCUAAGUACCCAAAAUGAAGAGUGCUACUCAUAUACAAGUUCAAAUAGAGAGAGUUGGGGAAGAUGCUCGUCUCUGGGCAGCGAUGAUGAACCUUCCAUGGAUUGCACUAAAGCUACUGACUAUGAUCAGACAAAUAUAAAGGUGCUUGCCACACCUCUUCGAAAUACUCAACAAAGCACAUUAAGCUCACCCAAGGAUGAAAAGAAGAAAGCAUCCAUGGAAACGAAGAAGUCCAAGCACGAGAAGUUUGAAAAGCUGGAGGCUCUAAGCCAGCGUUUGCGGCUUUGCAUUCUGAAAAGAGUUAAGCAUAGGAGACAUUGCUCCUCUUGACAACCUUUGUAUUGUAGACUAGGAAAUUGAUUUUAUGAAAUUGUGUUAAUGUCCAGUUCCUUGUUCAUUUAAGUUAAUCUUUUCGUAUUUCCUGUGUAUCAAUGCAUCUCUCUUACUUUUGCUUUAUAUUUUGAAGUAGGCAGGCCUAGUUUUAUGUAAUGUCAUUGCUGUGUUAGUUGCACUUUA